AUGAAAGUUCUUAUCUAUUUUCUUUCAGCUUUAAAAUUUUUUGCAUCAGCAUUUGGCGAUGGAUCUCUUGAUGGAUAUUUUACUUAUUCUGAAAUCAUAAGCUUUAUGCAAAAUUUAACUUCAACAUUUCCAGGGCUUGCCAGAUCAGGGACAAUUGGCAAAACAUAUAAUGGUGAAGAUAUCCACUAUUUACAGCUAUCAACCACAUCAGGCUUAAGCCAAGAUCAAAAAACUGGCAUAGUUAUAACAGCAGCCCAAUUUGCAGGAUAUCCCCAAGGCGUUUCUCAAGUAAUGUUUACUGCACAAGAAUUCUCUAACAGUUAUAGCUCAGACCCUAAUGCAACUUUUAUUUUGAGUGUUUCCAAUAUUUGGUUAAUACCGGUCAUCAAUGUAGAUGGCUACAAAAAUAUUGAAAAUGUUUACAGAGAAAGUAAGAGUUUCGAUGUUAAUUUGAAAAAUCUCAAUACAUCUGGAUGUUCAACUGGAGGCGGGGUCAAUCUUGAUAGAAACUGGGGAUACAAAUGGGAUCAUGGCGAAUCAUCAAAUGACCCUUGUGAUCCAACUUAUCAUGGCUGAAAUGCUUUUUCAGAGCCUGAAACGAGUGCUUUGAGGUCUUUUAUUGAAGAUAAGAAUAUUACUUUAUGGGUGCACUAUGACAGAAAUGGGAGUUAUUGCACAAUUCCAUAUACUUUUUCUGAGUUAUCUGAUUUUUCAGUAGCGGAGCAGCCAUUUUACGAUCAAUUAUAUUAUUCUCAGGGGCGCAUUUAUUCAGUAGGAAAAGCAAAGCCAUCCUAUGGGUCAAACGAGGAUGGAACAUUGAUUGAUUAUGCUUUCUCACAAGGAAUCUUUUCCUUAGAGAUUGGAAUAAAUCCACAUAAUAGCAUGGAGUUGUUUUAUGAUUAUUAUAAUGGGCUAAUUGAAAUUAUGAGCCUUUCAAAUUUUUACAUCGACAUUUCAUAUUCUUCUUUAUAUGAAACCAGCUGUAAGGAUGCCUACCUUUGCAUUAACUCUAAUUCAAGCAGUUACUUUACUUUAAUGAUUGACAUUAGUAAUAAUGGCAUUAGAGACGCUCUAAAUUUAAAAUUGUUGCUGCUUGCUUCAAAUCCAGCUGGAAAUGGAUAUACGCUAUCACCUACAAGUUUGGAAAUGUUUUCGAGCUGGAAUUAUAAUUAUAUUCCUAUGACAAUUUCUACAAAUUCUAGCUAUAUAUCGAUGGAUGCCAAUUUUGAUAUUUUAGCCUUCAGUUCUAUCAGGUUUUAUUUGACAGUUGAAAAAGCUUUUAUCGAAGAAGCUGAUAAAGAGGUUCAAAUUAAUUAUGAAUGGCAAAUUUUAGAAGGAAGUAUACUGGCUUAUGAUGGUAAUAAUGAAAAUUUGAAUAUAUCUAGAAAAUUAAUGGAAAGCGAAUAUUAUUAUAGUAAUAGUGAAGAUGAUAAACCUUAUAGUAAAUGGAUAGCUGUUGGGAUUGGCUUCGGAAUUGAAACAAUCGUGAUAUGCAUCUUGAUAUGGCUUGUAUGUCACUAUAAGAAGAAAUUGAAAGAAUCUACACGCUUUGAUCCGUCUAAAAAUGAAGGAAGGUUCAAUGGUCAGCUACAAUUCAAGCCAAUUGGAACACCUGGAGAAACUAUUGACAACUCUCCACAAAGAUUUGAGUCACCACAGAUUUAG